AUGCAGCUCACAUUCGUGAUCGUUUUUGUCGCCUUUCUUUCAGCUCAAGUAUUUGCACAACACAAAGCAGAAAAAGUACAGAAAUAUGACUGUGGAAAAAGGUUGAGAGUAAAAUCAUCUCAAAUCGACAGAGCUGUUAAUGUGAUGGAUACUGUCUUUAAUUAUUCAAUGUCAUCAUGCAGCAUAAAACCAAAUCUCUUGAAUAAAUGCUGCAAAAUUUGUGUGAAUUAUUUAAAGUAUCAAGGAACUCAUUUUCAUGUUAGUGGAAAUAACGAAAUAUUGCUCAAAAAACUUAUCAGAUUUAAAAUAUUCCGUAAAAAGCCUUUGAAUCUGUAUUAUGCCGUUGCUCAAUGUUCACGCGUAUACGGCUGUUUAUUUUUGGGAAUCAUCCGCAGGCCUCUGUACAACUCGAAAGAGAUUAAGUGUAGUUUGAUGCUAAAAGAUAAACCAGCUUCCAUGCUUCCAAUAGGCUUUCCCCAACCUGCCACACCGCCAGAUUUCCGUGAAUGA